CAUAUCACACCAAUCUCUUUGAUCAAUCCGAGGCACAGGUCUGUAAAUUGGGCUGUGGAAUUAUUAAGGUGAACUUCCGCAUUUUGAAGAUUUUUAUACCAGCUGAUUGUCGCCAUGUCUAAAAAACCAACUCCACCUGUUCGGAAACAGUCUUUGGAUGAAAGCCACCCUCCUCAUUCUGCUAAAGAUGUUAGAGAGAUCAAAGAAGUCGCAAAGAAAGCCAUUGCAGAACAUAAGGAACUUCAGCGGCAAUUCAGUAAGAAGGAAGAACAAACCAAGCAACUAGUAGAGGAACUUGAGCAAACUAAACAAAUCCUAACCAAGCUCGAGUCAGUAUCUGGUCAGGUGGUACAAGAGUUUGUGGAUGUCCAGACCAAGCUAGAUAUAGAACAACAAUGCAGGCAAGAAGCAGAGAAAAUUGCAUCGAAGGUAGGAUUUCAUAAGUUUAUAACAAUGAGGGAAAUAAUUACUGGGUGAUUGUUGCUUUUUUUUGGGGGGGGGGAGCAGGAUGCGUAAAGUUAAAAAAAUGAUAGUGAGGGUGCAUUUGCAUUUCAUAAACUGAAAUUGAAGGAUUUCGUUCAUCCAUUUUUUUUAUUUUGUGAAAAUUUUCAGUAAAAAAAAUGUAUGUUUCCAAAAUUUCUGGGGGCAACUCCCCCCUGCCCCCUGCUGCAUACGGCCAUGAUUUAUUCCAUUUGCACAACGAACACUUAUGUAGAAAAUGCAAGUAGUAUUCUGCUUUAUGUAGAAUAUUGAUUUCCUAAUAAUGUUGAGUAUUGUUUUGUGGUACUCUUGAGGCAACUCUUAAACAGAUGUUUGCACGAAAACAUGCAAUUUAGGAUGCAAUGAGGAUGAAAAAGACUGUCAUCCUCAUGUAUUUACUUAGCUGGUUAGUAAAAUUCUUCAUAUAUUAUCUCAAAUAUUCUUUGAUUGUGAGAGAGAAAAAAAGGAGAGUACAUUUUGUUAGAAAUUGAAUCAGAUGUGGCAGAGCUG